AUGAAGACUCCUCUCAGCCCCCCUCGGCUUUUCACCUUUGGAGGAAUGUGUCAGAAGCUGAUGGAGGCACCUUCACCUCCAAGCAUCAGUCAGGGUGGGGCCUACUCUUUGUGUGAGGUGUGUAACCUGCAGCUGACCUCUGAUGCUCAGGCCCAACUGCACUACAACGGCCGGUCUCACCUCCGGAGAGUUAGACAGAUCCAGGCUGGAGAGACAGGAAAACAUGCAGCAGCAGGGGCUCAGUCCAGAUUUCUUCCACAGGCCACAGGACUCGGCUCUCGGCCUGCAGGACUAACUCCAACCCCAGGCCUCAGCCCGGCCCUCAAUGCUCCACCAAGCAUAACUGCAGGAAGUGGGUGUGGCGCAGUAGGCGGGGCCUUGCCAGGGCUGGUUGGGGCCACUUGUCCCUCAAUGAUGAUGAAACCGUUCCUGACCUAUUCUGUCGAGACGGCGUCGCCAGUGGGACUUUUUCCAAAUUUCAACACGAUGGACCCAGUGCAGAAGGCCGUCAUCAAUCACACCUUCGGUGUUACCAUGGUGCCCAGAAAGAGGCAGGUCAUCUCAUGUAACGUCUGUCAGCUGAGGUUCAACUCUGAUUCUCAAGCAGAGGCUCAUUACAGAGGCAGCCGUCACGCCAAGAAGCUCAAGACUCAGGAGAACAAGACCAAGACCAAGCUGUCAAUCACUGCAGAGACCAAUGGGAGCUACUCCAGUCCCGCCGGCCCUGCCCCUCACGCCUCAUUUAACAGCAGCACCAAUCAGCACACAGAAUUCUUAUCCAGCCUCACAGACUCCUCAACUCCCCUCAAAUCCUUCCUCCUCCUCCCCUCUUCCUGCUCUCCUCCCUCCUCCUCCUCCCCCUCGUCCAGCAGAGCAAGCAGUGAGCCUCCUCCCUCCAGUCCUCCCUCCGCUCUACCCGCUCCGGCCCUCUCUUCCUCACCCUCCUCCUCUUCUGCUUCCUCCAAAGCUUCCCCUCCUCUGCCACCUCAAGCUCUUGUCACCUCGCCUUCGUCCCAUGCCCCUCUUCCUCCUCCUUCCUCCCAGGAUACACCUCUCCCUGCUGAAUCUGAGGAGGAGAAGGCAAAGAAGCUGCUUUACUGCUCUCUUUGCAAAGUGGCUGUCAACUCUCUGUCUCAGUUGGAGGCUCAUAACGCAGGUUCAAAGCACAAGACGAUGCUGGAGGCCCGGAGCGGAGCAGGGCCGAUCAAGGCCUUCCCUCGUCCCGGAGCAAAGCUGAAGAUCGGCAUCAGCUUGGGAUUGAAAGGCUCCGGCCUGCAGAACAAAACCUUCCACUGCCAGAUCUGUGACGUCCACGUCAACUCUGAGAUCCAACUCAAACAGCACAUCUCCAGCAGGAGGCACAAAGACCGAGUGGCAGGAAAACCCAGCAAACCCAAAUACAGCCCUUAUACCAAACAGGAGAGAAACACUCUCACAAAUGAGUUAGUGAAGCCCUCCCUCUCUCCCUCCUUCCUCUCCACAACCUUCGCUCCUCCGCCAUCCACCCUCACCACCUCCAUCUCGCUCGCUCCCUCCUCUCUCUCAUCCUGUCCCCUCCUCACGCCUGCCUCCUCACCCCUCACCCCGACUAUCUCUCUCCACCCUCGCCUUUCGGCCUCCUCGUCCCUCUUCACCGCCUCCUUCCUGCGUCCAGCUCCUGGACCAAUCAGAGCGGGCCAAGGGUCAUUUCUCUUCACACCAUACUGA